AUGUCCAAUCAAACAAGAGUGACUGAAUUCCUUCUACAUGGAUUCUCUGAAAUUCAGGAGCUGCAGACAUUUUACUCCUGUGUUUUCUUGAUCAUUUAUUUGGUAGCCCUCAUGGAAAACCUUCUCAUCAUCAUAAGCAUUAUUUAUAACCUUCACCUUCAUAAGCCCAUGUACUUUUUUCUGGCCAAUCUGGCAUCUCAAGACCUUGGAUCCCUAUCUGUCUCAAUCCCUAAAUCAAUGACAAAUUCCUUCCUGGACAUCAGAACCAUUUCCUACUCAGGAUGUGUUUCCCAAGUUUUCUUCCUUAUUUUUUUCAUGGGAUCCCACUACUUCCUCCUUGGUGUCAUGGCAUAUGACCGCUACGUUGCCAUCUGCAACCCGUUACAUUAUGAGACUGUCAUGACCCAAAAAACCUGCAUCCAAAUGGCAGCCAGCGCAUGGAUCACUGGUUUCAUCUAUUCUAUAAUAUAUACUGGAAAUGCGUUUACACCAGACUUUUGUUCCAAUGAGAUCAACCAUUUCUUCUGUGAAAUCCCACAAUUAAUCAGGAUCUCCUGUUCUGAGUCAUAUGUCAUCAAAAUUUGGGUUGUCUCUGCCGGCUGUUGCUUAGCCUUUGUUUAUUUUGUUUUAAUAAUAUAUUCUUAUGUUCAGAUCUUCAAAGCAGUUUUAAGAAUCCCAUCCGCACAUGGGAAACAGAAAGCCUUUUCAACAUGCUUACCACAUCUUAUGGUUGUCUCCCUGUUUAUGAUAAGUGGCACUUUUGCCUACUUAGGGCCAGCCUCCAGCACCCCAUCAACUUUAAAUCUUUGGGUUUCUGUGUUCUAUUGCAUUGCACCCCCACUAAUGAACCCACUGAUCUACAGCAUGAGAAACCGGGAACUCAAAAUGGCAUUCUGGAAGCUGACUGUCAAACUUUUCUCUCACCUCACAUUCCCUCAUGUUGGGAACUGGAUGCAUUUUAGGAAAUAG